UUCCUUCAGGUACAGAGGAACCUCUAGACCAGACAUCUGAAAAGAAUUCAAAGCCCAACCAAUUCCAUGAGCAACAAAGAUUUCGUGGAGCUGAAGAGUAUGACGGCCCCUGGAGCUGAGGGCUACAGCAACACUGGCUUCCAGAAUGAAGACGACUUUGAUGGAAACCAGAACAUAUCAGGAAACAGCAACUCACUAAGGUGUAGAGUUGCGCAAAACACCCAGCAGGAUGAAGAGCAGGUCACCAUUGAGCAGGAUUCUUUAAGAAACAAAGAAGAUGUGGAGGAUGAUCCAGAGACACAUCAAAAAGGGUAUCUGGAAAAGAAGUAUGAUACAGUUUGUGAUUUUUAUAGGAAACACAAAACCACCUUUCAGUAUAUCAUCUGGGGCAUCUUAAUAGUAGCUUACCUGGUGAUGGUGAUUGCAGCUUGUGUGCUGAACUUUCAAAGAGCCCUUCCCCUUUUCGUGAUCACCGUGGCUGCCAUCUUCUUUGUGGUCUGGGAUUACUUUAUGGCCAAAUACGAGCAUCGGAUCGAUGAGUGCCUAUCUCCUGGCAGAAGGUUCCUAAACAGCCAGUGGUUCUGGAUGAAGUGGGUGAUUUGGAGCUUACUGAUCCUGGGAGUUAUAUUCUGGCUGAUUUUUGACACCGCCAAACUGGGCCAACAGCAGCUGGUGUCCUUCGGUGGGCUCAUAAUGUACAUUAUCCUGGUAUUUCUAUUUUCCAAGCACCCAACCAAAGUUUACUGGAGGCCUGUCUUUUGGGGAGUUGGGUUACAGUUUCUUCUUGGGCUCUUAAUCCUAAGGACUGACCCUGGAUUUAUAGCUUUCGAUUGGUUGGGCAAACAAGUUCAGACCUUCUUGGAGUAUACUAAUGCUGGGGCUGAAUUUGUCUUUGGUGAGACUUAUGCAGACCACUUCUUUGCAUUUAAGGUCCUGCCAAUCGUGAUUUUCUUCAGCACUGUCAUGUCCAUGCUCUACUACCUUGGAUUGAUGCAGUGGAUCAUUAGAAAGGUUGGAUGGGUAAUGCUAGUGACUAUGGGAUCAUCUCCUAUUGAAUCUGUAGUUGCUGCUGGCAAUAUAUUUGUUGGACAGACAGAGUCUCCACUGCUGGUCCGACCCUACUUACCACACAUUACAAAGUCUGAACUCCACGCAAUCAUGACUGCUGGGUUCUCUACCAUUGCUGGAAGCGUGUUAGGUGCAUACAUUUCUUUCGGGGUUUCGCCUUCCCACUUGUUAACUGCUUCGGUCAUGUCCGCACCUGCAUCAUUGGCUGUGGCUAAACUGUUUUGGCCUGAGACAGAAACACCUAAAAUAACCCUCCAGAAUGCCAUGAAAAUGGAAAGUGGUGAUUCAAGGAACCUUCUAGAAGCCGCAACACAGGGAGCAUCUUCAUCCAUCUCCCUGGUGGCAAACAUAGCUGUGAACUUGAUUGCCUUCCUGGCCCUGUUGUCUUUUAUGAAUGCAGCCCUAUCCUGGUUUGGAAACAUGUUUGACUACCCACAGCUGAGUUUUGAGAUAAUAUGCUCCUACAUCUUCAUGCCCUUUUCCUUCAUGAUGGGAGUGGACUGGCAAGACAGCUUUAUGGUUGCCAAACUCAUAGGCUAUAAGACAUUUUUCAAUGAAUUUGUGGCUUAUGAGCACCUCUCAAAAUUGAUCAAUUUAAGAAAAGAGGCUGGGCCCAAGUUUGUGAAUGGUGUGCAGCAAUAUAUGUCGAUUCGUUCUGAGACAAUUGCCACUUAUGCUCUCUGUGGCUUUGCUAAUUUUGGUUCCCUAGGAAUAGUGAUCGGCGGACUCACAUCCAUGGCUCCUUGCAGAAAACGCGAUAUCGCCUCGGGGGCAGUGAGAGCUCUGAUUGCCGGGACCGUUGCUUGCUUCAUGACAGCCUGCAUUGCAGGGAUACUCUCCAGCACCCCUGUAGACAUCAACUGCCAUCUCAUAUUGGAGAAUGCCUUCAACUCCGGUUCACCUGCAAACACAACCGAGGUGGUAUCUUGUUGUCAAAGCUUAUUGAACAGCACUAUUGUCAAUGGUCCUGGUGACAUCAUCCCAGGAGGAAACCACAGCUUGACUUCUCUAAGGGGUUGCUGCAUGUUGCUGAGCCCACCAACACUGAACUGCAGUUGGAUCCCUAAUGCAUUUUGAGUUCAGCUACUUCUCCAACAGAACUCUAGGUACAGAUGCUGAUUUUUCUACUUAGAGGAGGAAAAGAAAAACUGUUCUUCGCGGAUUGAUAUACCCAUCAUGGAAUCGGCUUUAGUUGGAAAGAAGAAAAACAGGAGUGAACACUGCAGCUCUCCAGCACCAUCCUCCUCUCAUACCUACCCUCCCUUCCCCACACCCUUCCCCACUGAGUGGAACCACCAUGAUGUCUCAAGAGGAGCUGUUGGCUCCAGUCCCAGAGAUGUUUUCUGACCCUAGAAUUUUAUGAUCGCUUUACCAGAAUACAUGUAUAAACGAUGGCUCA